CCCCCGCGGACUGUGUCCUAUUCUCUCAGUACUGGAGCGGUCUUGCUAAAGCUCGCAAACGAGCCACGCUUAAUCCAUUUCUUUUUGUACGUUUUUGGGAGAUUUUAUAACAUCUCAACAAUCGCAAUGCUGGGCACAGUCAGCCGGCAACUCAGAAGCCACCCUGCCUUGAUCCCACUGUUUAUUUUCAUUGGCGGUGGAUGCACCAUGUCUCUGACAUAUCUGGCUCGCCUGGCCUUGCGUAACCCAGAUGUCUGUUGGGACAAAACAAACAACCCAGAGCCCUGGAAUAAACUGGGGCCCAAUGAACAGUACAAGUUCUUCUCCGUGAACAUGGACUACAGCAAGCUGAGGAAGGACCGUCCUGACUUCUAAACGUGUCCAGGGAAUUCAGUCGCCCAGUGCUGGACCAGAGGGUUAAAAACAAACUAAAGAACAAGAAGACGUCUACACCCUUGUCCUUAACAGCGCUUGUUCCUAAUUUAUGCAAAGAGACUAAAUUGCACUAUCUUGUCUUUGCCUUUCUGGAUGCCUUUGUAUUUUCUCUCAAUUCUUUGUAGACUGAAACGAUUAAUAAAGGGUCGCUUCCACAUACAGUGAAAAAACA